AGGUGAUUGCCACACUUCGAUAUGUUUGUUAACAUGAGGCGCACUGCGACAACGAAAAGACAUUUUACCACGUUCCUCCAACCGCAUGGUCACUCAAAUCGUCCCGCCGCGCUGCUUGACGGGCGUACCGCUUGGAGGAACGCUGCCUGAUGACGUGCAUGCUGUGUCAGUCUCGAUGCCGCUGUGGAACCACGUCGAGUCGUAUUCUCAAGGGUGUCCUGAGCUCCAUGCCGCGCUCCCGUCGGGAUAUCCUCGCUUCGUGUACCAUCACUAUGUGAAAGCGUUGAACCAGUGGUGCUGGGAAACGUACGUGAACGACGCAACGAAGCUCGCGUAUGUGUUGCCGACGCGGACCGUCGCAGAGCGGUGUGCAUCCUUCCUCCGGUUCACGCACCCCAUCGAGAUGCCGCUCAUCGAUUUGAACAUUUGCGGAGCGUACGCGAUCGUCAUUCCUGCGGAAGCUCUAAAGACGUUCAAGUCGUUUUGGCAGCACAGCGGGGAAAUCGUGACGUCCCGCAUGGCAUGUCACAUCCUCGAGUACAAGAACCGACUGGACCAAGCACCGCCUAAAGCAAUGGAUGGCACGGCUGUCCACGUCGCAUUGAAGGAGCGCGUGGCUUCGCUAUAUCCCCACAUCUCGUGCCGCGACGUGUUCCUGUAUCCGUGCGGGAUGUCUGCCAUCUUCGCUGCAUUUCGACUGGCACAAACCCUAAAAGAGUCGAGCCGAGGCAAGAUUGUCUUGUUUGGAUUUCCCUACCUCGACACACUCAAGAUCAUGCGGCGCCCGGAGUGGGGCUCCAGCGACAACUUUGUCUUUUACCCCAACGGGAACGACACAGAUAUGGCCGCGAUCGAACACCUCGACUCGAUUUCCGCCAUCUUCACCGAGUUCCCGACCAACCCAUUGCUCCACAGCGUCGACCUCAAGCGCCUGGCGGAGAUCGCUCACCGCCACGACACGAUUCUCGUCGUCGACGACACGGUCGGGUCGUACAACGUCGAGGUCCUCGACGCUGGCGCAGAUAUCGUGGCCACGAGUUUGAGUAAAAUUUUCACUGGCGCGUGCACAGCGACGGGAGGGUCGUUGGUGCUCAACCCAGCCAGCGCCUGGCACACAACAAUCCACCCCUCGCUAGCCACGGACGGAUACAUCUUUGAAGACGACUGCGUCGAACUUCUGCGCAUGUCCAACGAUGUGCGCGACCGCAUUCGCCGCGUAAACGCGAACGCAACCGUGCUCGCGAGUCGGUUUGCCGCCCAUCGUCAAGUCAAGGCGGUGUAUUACCCCAAGUUUGUCGACACGGCGUUGUACCAGGCCCAUUUGACGCACCCGGACGACGCGGCGGAUUCAUUUGGACCGCUCAUGUCGAUGGAACUCCAUGGAGGCGAAGCGGCAGCUGCUGCAUUUUACGAUGCGCUGAACGUGGCCAAAGGUCCGAGUCUCGGCACCAACUUUACGCUGGCCGUGCCGUACACGAUCUUGGCGCACUACGACGAGCUGGCGUACGUUGCGUCGUGUGGCCUCGACCGAAAUCUCAUUCGGUUCUCCAUCGGUCUCGAAGACGUCGAAGAAAUAUGGAGUCACAUGGAGGUUGCAUUCGUCGCCGCCGCGAGAGUGACGCCUCUCGCAAUGACUACGACCGAAUAAUGACAACAUAAUGCAGCAAGGAAUGUGAUCGUUGGUGUGCAC